AUGUCGGGGGUGAAGAAUGUGGUCUGGUAUCCCGUAAUUGGUGGCGAGGAAAUUAUCCCAUGGUUACUCUCGUGCGGAUGUCAGCCCCGAGAAUUGACUAUCGUAUUCCCCCAGAGAUACUCGCAUUUCGUAUAUCAAGAGCUUCUCCCAAAAGUGGGCGACGCACUGGAAGACUUGACGCUACAUCUUCCCAGGGAUUAUAAUCCAUUACUAGGUUUCUCUGGCAUUAGGACAAAUUUUGGCCUAAAGACACUCCGCAUUCAUAUGUUACAAGACUCCAGUUCUUUGGACACCUCGCAUUCUGCCCUAGAAUUCUUACAUCAAACACUCAGAGGAAUCGGCCCUGAGCACGAAUCGCUCCGGUUUCUUUGGUUGAGCAUCACCCUCGAUCACCCCCGUCUCGAUAUCGACUGGUCCGGCGCAGAUACUUUACUCGCUGCUGUUGCCGUGACUCACCCAAAUAUUGUAUUCACGAUUUGCGUCGCCCCGCGCUUUGCACAAGGUUUUGGGAUUGGUUGGGUAGAUGGUUUUGUGCGAGUAAUGCUGGACGGUCUACCGCAGGUUCUCUCUCUAGGCCGGGUUGCAUUAGUAUGGGCGUUCAACCCGUCAGAACUUGCGGGCAUUUGA